AUGGGGGCCCCGCCGUGCGACAAUCGACCGCCGCCCAUCCCCGCCGACGCCAGACGACCACCCCCACGUUCCCCCGGAACGGAGCAGAGCCCUCCCCCACUAACCUCGCACACCCGUACGGUCGGCCCCCCCGAACCCCGUCCUCUUCCCCAACUACCAGGGCCCCUACCCAUGCCCGCGUUCCCAGGAACCCUCCCCCCGGCUCCCCCACCACCGAGGGCAGAGAGAGGGCUCCGACUGGAAGCGUGGCGCCAAGCUGGUAGGGGACACGACAGAGGUAAAGGGGCGAGAGGGAGAGAGUACCAGACAGAAAGCCGCGGGAGGCGUCGGGGGGACAAAGCCCCGAGGCUCCGAGGGCGUGGGGAGGCGCCUGGCGACCGCGCAGCAGGCCUAGAGCAGCGGACUACCGACGACCGGCCGAGGCAGACCGGUCCAGGGCCGGCGGCGGGAGGCGACGGGGCAAGGCAAGCGGCCCCGCGACGGGGAGCUGCCACCCGUCACGCCACACAGCCCGCGAGACGCGACCGGAGGAUCCGCGCCGCGCGGUCCGCGGCCGUUAACGGGGGGAAGGCAGUCGUGGCCGGCGCCACGGGCGAAGGCGUGUGGGGUGGGGUGGGGGCGCGCGGAGCACCCCUCCCCCCGAAACCUCCAGCCCAACCUCGAGGGACGUGGCGGGGAAGUCGGGCGGGAAGAGGGACACCGGAGACGACGCCACCGAGCGCGGGGCAGGGUGGCGGGGCGCCCCCGGCCGGGGACGGAGGCGCGGAGGGGCCGGCGGGGCGGGGCGAGCAGGACGGCAGAGAGCCGCCUUUCCCACCCGACCUCCGCCUCAGCACGCCACCCCCAACCUUCUCGCGCGGCUCCUCGUCCUGGAACACCAGGGAGGCCACCGGACCCGACCGCCCGGGGCGGGGCGCCUUCCAGACGUCUUUCCCUCCCUCCGUUCCCGUCCCGCGCCGCUGA